CUUUGCCAGCGCACAGUCUUUGUCAUUGCCAUGGCCCCGCUUGUUGGAUUCAACCGAUUGACGCGCCUCAAGAAACAACCAUCACGAGCGAUUUUCUCCGCUGCCUGGGUUUGAAGCUGAAUGGAAGCGGACUACUACAAAGUCUUGGGUGUGGACCCGUCAGCCUCAUCGAAAGACAUUGGCAAGGCCUUCCGCCAGUUGGCACGCAAGGUUCACCCAGACAAGUUGCCCCCGGGCAGCUCCGAGGAGACUCAGCUCCAAGCCAAACAUCGCUUUCAACAGGUCGCCAAGGCCUGGGAGGUGCUGGGAGACCCUCAGCAGCGUUCCCUCUACGAUGCCCAGCGAUGUCCGGCACCGGCGCAGGCGCAAGCCAGUGAUGCGCCGAGCAUGUGGCGAAGGUCAAGGGCUGCGCAGAGCGGGCCGGAUGCCGAGGCGGAGGAGCGGCGCUACCGGGAAGAGAUGCGGCAAGCCAAACGAGAGGAGCAAAAGAGAGAAAGAGAGGCAGAAGAGGCCCGCAAGGAGAAAGAGCGCGACAAGACAGGUGGUUUGGGCGGUCACUGGGUGCCCCCCAGCAGCGUCGCCGGCUCACCUGAUGGGCCAACGCGCUCAGGUGGAAUUCACCAUUGGGCUGGUUGGUCAGCAGCUCGAGAUGAAGAUGUACAUAGUGAAGCUUCCAGCGUCUUGAGCUUUGACCUGAACAUUGACCUAAAUGAUUUGGAUCUACGUUUCGCUGAGAAGAUCUCUGCGGAAGAUGACUGGGAGGAGGUCUGGGAGAUGCGGAAGAAAAGCCCCACCCCAGAGACCAGCUCCCCAGUUUCGCCGCUGCGGGGUGGAGCCGAUGCUGAAGCUCGACCCCGCUGCCGCUGCACAGUACAGUGAGCCGAAAA